AUGUCUACAGCAAUUUUAAAAUCUGAAGUAACAAUUGACGAAGAAGUUAAGCAUGAACCGAUUGAUGAGCAUAUUGCAGACACUAGUGAGGACAAAAUAAAUUUAUAUAACAAACCUUACAUAUGUAAUGACGACGUCAGUGAGUCAAGUGAUAAUAUAAAUAAAUGCAAUAAGUCAUUUAAAGAAGUUUUAGGAAAACGUAAAACUACCCUAAACUUGAAACAACCCUUGAAAUGUAAAGUUUGCAAUAAAUAUUUUUCAACAACUAGCACCUUACAUCAACAUAAAAUGAUUCAUACAGUAGAACGUCCUUACAAAUGUGAAACCUGUAAUAAAGCAUUUAUAAGAAAUCGUGAAUUAAUUCGACAUAAAAGGAUUCAUACAGGAGAACGUCCUUACAAAUGCGAAAUAUGUAAUAAAGCAUUUUCAACAAGUGAUUAUUUAAGUUUACAUAAAAAAUAUCAUGCGGGAGAACGUCAUUACAAAUGUGAAAUAUGUAAUAAAGCAUUUAUAACAAAUGGUAAUUUAAGUCAACAUAAAAGGAUUCAUACGAAAGAACGUCCUUACAAAUGCGAAAUAUGUAAUAAAGCAUUUUCAACAAGUGAUUAUUUAAGUUUACAUAAAAAAUAUCAUGCGGGGAGAACGUCCUUACAAAUGCGAAAUAUGCUUCAUACAGGAGAACGACCUUACAAAGGCGGAAUAUGUAAUAAAGCAUUCAUAGCAAAAGAAACAUUAAACCAGCAUGAAAUGAUCCACACUGGAACCCGUCCUCAUAAGUGUGCUUUAUGCAAUAAAUCAUUCACAAGAAAAGAAACAUUAAACCAGCAUUUAAUGAUUCAUACUGGAGAACGACCUUACAAAUGCGAAAUAUGUAAUAAAGCAUUCAUAGCAAAACAAAUAUUAAACCGACAUCUAAAGAUUCAUACUGGAGAACGACCACAUAAAUGCAAGAUAUGCAAUAAAGCAUUCAGUUUAAAACGAUAUUUAAAACAACAUGAAAUUGUCCACACGAGAGAAAGCAAUCAUUGA